AUGUCCAGGAGGAAGGUGAGGGGACUGACGCGAACGGGGCGGCAGGUGAGCGAGGACCCUGACCUGGACGUCCUUUUGUCCAACCUGUCCCCUGAGCAGAUUGAGGAGCUGGAGAAGGAGGUAUUGGUGGCCCCCAACCUGGACAGAGCCAUAGAGCAGCCUGACACUAAUACUGUCUGGGACCGGGAUGCUAAGCUGGACAGAGCCAUAGAGCAGCCUGUCACUAAUACUGUCUGGGACCGGGAUGCUAAGCUGGACAGAGCCAUAGAGCAGUCUGUCACCAAUACUGUCUGGGACCGGGAUGCUAAGCUGGACAGCCGGGAGCUUCCUGGGAAGCUCAGCCAAAAGGAACAGUCUAUUGAGGUAUGUUUACUAAACAUCGAGUCAUACAGUGGAACUCCUCCACAGUUCAUGUUUAUUAUGUGUGAGACAGAGUUGUUCUAAAGUCCACUUUGUGAGAUGCUUAAUCACAUCCUCUCAGACAGACAUCAGCUCCACCCGUUUCACUUAUUUACUUUUAUACCAUAACAAGCCUCAUUUUGGUCAAUAGGACUGGCUGUUGGAAGACAGAUAAACAAAUUACAAUUCAUAAAUGUCUAAUAGAUAAAUAGUUAAUUUAGGUUAGUGUUCCUUAAACAGGUAUUUUAAUGAUACUUCUGACAUUUAUUCCCCUGCCAACUGGAUGUCGGAAAAGGUUCCAGUAGUUCAUAAACUGUGCUCCGCUGCUGUUAGUUCUUAUGCCAGGAAAAACACUAUUGUAUACCUUUCACAUUCUUCACACAAGUCCCCUUUGGUAAACAGAGAAAAUGCUUAAAGAUACAGUUAUCAAAACACUGUUGUGCACAGUGUCACCUGAUUUUGGUAUAGCUUUGUAGUUUAUAGGUCAAAGAUGAGUUUUAAUUUGUUUUUAGUUUACAGCUUUUUGACAUAGGGCCCACCAGGUAGGGAAAAACAGAGCCAGGAGAUAGCUGUUGGAUAUGUAUAAAGAAGGGCCCUUCAGAUGAUGGAGCAUGGGCUCUGUGGAGGUUCUUAAUCCCGGCAUGAUGGAAUUCCUUGGUUGAUUGCUCCUAUGCUGCUCAAUGCCUUUUAAGGAAACAUCUGCCAGGGCCACAGCCUCGCGCAAACAAAACAGAUGGAGCAAGGCUCACAAAUCAAACACUUACAGUAGCUGCUCCGCAAAUGUAUUUCUGCACUAUUAACAGACUCCCCCAUGCACACUGUAAACACACGGUAUCUAACGCCAAGUUUACAUUACACGCUGUGGUAUUGUAUCAUAGCUUAUGUCAUACUGUGCUCUCCGGGCCAACAAGUUAGGCUUCAUAAAUAGACUUGAAAUAACACAAUAAGUCGAGUAUUAAGAAAGACUGGUUUUAAUAUCUGAUAUUUCUAGAGAACAUGAAUGAACUAAUGCAUGUUUUUGUUUAAAUCAUUAGAAACAACAAAGGCACAAACUGAUUUGUAGCUGGAGGACAGGCCUAUGAUUAGUCAUGUUGAUAGGGCUGUUGGUGGUCAUGCAGUGAUGACCAUAACAGGUAAGGCACAUUACGACUAAGAAUGCAUGAUUCUAAUUGGAUUUGACAGUAGAAAACGAUUACUGUUUAGAUUAUUGUGUGGAUUCUUGAAAGUCAUGUAAAUGUAUGCUUCUCAGAUUCACUUAUGUGGAAUCGUCCCUAUGGAAUGUUUAUUCUUCUGCAGGGGGAACCAAAGAAGGAGAGCCGGAAACAAGAGUACCUGAGAAAGAUGGGCCUGAGUCAGGAGGGGAAAGAAGGAGCGGGGAUCAGAAGGCAAUCAAGUAUCUCAACAGAACGAGAGAACAAGAUGGAGAGAAAUAAGAAAAGACCAGACUGCACUAAGGAGGACAGAGUCAGCCUGUCCAAUAGAUACAGGAGAGAGGAGAGCAAAGACAAAGACGUGAAAGAGACCUCUAGAGAAAGAUUCGGGAGAGAAGAGAGUAAGGAUGCUGACGUGAAAGAUACAACUAGAGACAGAUACAGGAGCGAGGAAAGUAGAGACAGUGAUGUAAAGGAUACAACUACAGAAAAAUACAGGAGAGUGGAGAAAAGGGACAGUGAUGUUAAAGAAACAGCUAGAGACAGAUUCGGGAGACAGGAGAGUAGAGACAGUUUAGAGAAAGAGGAUGCCAAAGAAAGAGAGAGAAACGAGGAUAACAAGCUGAUGGAGAAACGAGACAAGAGGUUGAGCACCAGUAAUAAGACAAAAGAAAUGAUCUCCAAGUUACAAGAGAAAAAGGAAAAAGAGGAGAUCAAGGAGAAAGAAAGAAAAGAGGAUAUGAAAAAAAGAGAUGAGAACAAGACAAGGGGACUUGUGUCAAAGCUUGUGGAGAAGCAAAGUCGGGUUGAAGAGAGUAAAACAGAAGAUAAGAAAAACAGAGGGGAAGAGAAGGACAAGCCUGAGAAGGACAAGUCUGACUUGAAACUUGAGCGACAAAAGUCGCCAACAGAAAAGGAGAGCGGAAGUGAGAAGCAAGAGGAGAAGGAAGAUCCUAAGGAGAAAGCGAAAGAAGAUGGUAAGGAGAAUAAGAAAGAUGUGGGGUUCAAAUGUAAGGAAAGUAUAAAAGAGAAAGAUAGGAGGAGUAGCAGAGAAAUAGAAGAGAAAAGGGGAAAAGACACAAACGAAGGACUGAAAUCCAGCAAGGAUGAGGAACAACGUGGGAACUGUGUUGCGAACAAGAGCACACCUAGCAAGACCAAAGUAGAGGAGGAAGAUGACGAGGACUCCAGCAUGUUCGAUGACCUCAUGGAGCAGGUUCGCAGCAACGACCCCACCAUGACAGAGCUCAACGUCAACAACUCGGAGGUCAUCAAGGCUAAAACACUCAUCCAGUUUGCAGAGGUCUUGAAUAAAAACACCCACAUUAAGACUUUUGCCCUGGCCAACUGCCGUGCUGACGACCACGUGGCCUACGCCAUCGCGGGCACCUUGCGCACCAACACGUCUAUCACAAGCAUCAACCUGGAUUCCAACCUUCUCACCCCCAAGGGUAUAAUGGCCCUGAUCCAGGCCUUGCAGAAAAACACUACACUCACCGAGCUGCGCUUCCACAACCAGAGACACAUCUGCGGAGGCAAGACAGAGAUGGAGAUGACCAAGAUACUGAAAGACAACACCACCCUCCUGAAGCUGGGCUACGGCUUUGAGCUGGCCGGCCCACGCAUGACCAUGACCAACAUCCUGAGCCGCAACAUGGACAAGCAGCGACAGCGGCGCCUACAGGAGCAAAAGCUGGCCCAGGCCAACGGUGAGAAGAAAGGGAUGCUGGAGGUGCCCAAGACUGCUGUGGGAUUCCUCAGGGGUUCCCCCAAGGCUUCCCCUAAACCCUCCCCACACCCCUCACCAAAGCCCUCUCCGAAGUUGACUCAAAAAAGAGGACCAGGAGGGGGACCUCCUCCACCCCCUCCACCUGGGGGCCCACCCCCACCUCCUGGGGGCCCACCCCCACCUCCACCCCCCAUGCUGUGCAUAGACUCCCUGCGCAACUCCUUGACGCCCACAUCACAGAGGAAGAUGGAUGAUAAGGCCAACAAAUCCGGUGGUACGAACUCCAGGGACCAACUGCUGGAUUCCAUUAGGAAUGCCAAUAUGAAGAAACUGAAGAAG